UUAGAGUGCCGCAACGACCAUUCUACACUUACUUUGUGCAAUCGCGAAACAAAUGUUACGUUUCUUGCAAUUCUUCGAAGAAGCUGGUUAAUCUUAUCUCUCCUACUCUGCAAGCAACCAUCGUAUAUUCUCAAGCCAUAUAAGAUGACGCUUUCCCCUUUGGAUUGUUGCCUUAUACCGUGCAAUCACAUUGGCUCCGUCUUGAAGCUUAUCGAUAUAUGACGACAGUGCUCUUAGUUAUUUUUUUUUUGCACACUUCAGAAACAUGCGCGUCCCACGUAAAGUAAUAAUUUGUGUGCAAUUCAAAAUAUUUGAAAUUUGUCUGAUACUUUGACUUGAUAUGACACUAUAGCUUACGAGCUCAAUUAUGACGCUGAAGGCGUUACAUUUCUAUAUCCACUGUUUGAUACUGCAUUAUUUUAAGAGUACUGGUGCUUGGUGCGCACAGGUGUGCUCCGCCAAUCUAGUAGUGAUUGAGUGCUUUUGUGGCUGCUGCCUAAUGCAGUUUAUUUUUUUCUUGUUGACUUGGCCCUUGCGCAGUGGUGUUCCUGGCGGUGUACCUGAUACUGACCUGUACCGUUAGUGUGCCAAUGCUGUAUCUAGAGCUCUUCCUAGGACAGUUCUGUGGAUGGUCUAUACCCAGGGCCUUCGAGGGAUUUCCCAUGGCGAGAGGCUUGGGCUGGACGAUGCUGAACGGCGACCUGCUACUGGUGGUGUUCCACAUUCCCGUGGUAGCCUACUCGUGGAUAUAUAUGACAGCAUCCUUGUCACCUGUGCUGCCCUGGAGCGUCUGUGAUGAGCACGACAUAGGACACAGCGGCUGUUACCAGAACCAGCAUGGCAAACAUCUGUGCUCCAAGGUGAAUGACAGGCUGGCCAGGCGUUACUUGUUGGACAACAACACGAGUGACAGAGCCAUCGCAGUGCGCACAGCCACAAGCCGAGAGCUGGUGUACGUGCCUGCCUCCGAGUACGAAGCCAUGCACAACAGCUGCAUCGACGGGAACGUGUCGGCGGCAAGGGCCUUCUACGAGUACGGACGCAAAAAUUAGGGUAGAAAUCAUCCUAGAGGAUUGUGUAUGUCAUGCGUAUAAUUUUCGAAAGGUAUACACCUGUAGAAGAGGCUGAUGUGUGGGCGAACUUGUUUUUUCUAAAGUGCUAUUCUUAAAUGCUAUUUUAUUUUCUUUCAUGCUUUUUAGCCGCAUGGGUGCUAUGCAACAUAUGUCCUCCUAACGCCUUAUGCGCAUUAAAGUAGACACAUACUUGCAAGGGACUAACAAGACCGGCCAUGGUGAACACGUGGUUCAUGACACCGCGACGUCACUAGUGGGCACUAUGUCUGUGGCGCUUAGGGUGACCCAUACACUUCAUCCGUGUAACGAGGGUGUUCAAAGUGGAUUUCAGGUGCACG